AUGAGACCUUUUGGCAUCCUAUUCCUUAUUGUUUUACUGGUGUACACUGCCGCUCAGAAUCCCUCGCCAACGUUGCAGUUCGUUGAAUUUUGGUUCCGACAUGGCGAGCGGACACCGACGCACUACAUGUACUUCCCCAACGAAUCGCCUAGUGUUCGAUACACUGAAGCAGAGGCUGGGGAACUGACAAAUAGGGGCAUCCAACAAGCUUACCAGCGAGGAACGUUUAUCAGGAAGCGCUAUGAUGGAUUUCUGGGCAACGUGUAUCACCCCUCAGAGAUUCACACGUGGACGGGAAAUGACAAUAGAACAGUGACUUCGGCGCAAGCAGUGCUUGCAGCUGUCUAUAAGCCAGAUAAAGACCACAAAUGGACUUCAGAACUGAACUGGCAACCAGUUGCUGUCCACACUGAUCCCACCAUAGAUUGGGUGUCCACCGGUAUCGACGAUACCUGUAGCGAAUAUGAGAAGUCGUUCUUCGAAUCACCUCAGUACAAGGAAGUUCUUGCGCCGUUCGAUCCGAAAUUAAUAGAAUUUCUUGAAAACAAUACUGCAGUGAAUAUCACGACACCAGCAGACUUCAAUAAUGUCAUCGAUUCGCUGGUGACAAAGUUGACUAUGAAUGAUCCACGCCUUCCCUACCCAGGCUGGGCAGCACCGAUUCGGAACAAUGUCACAUGGCUUCGAACCGUUUUUCAUCAAAGGAUGAUCGACGCACAGAGUGAAACAGCUGGACGAUAUCAUUCCGAAAUGCUCCUCUCCUUCAUCGAGGACCACCUCAGCAGGCCUCAAAUUUUAAAGAACAAGGCCGUAUUUAUAUCAGGACAUGACUCCAACUUCAUGGCCCUCGGUCGGCAACUCAACAUCACUCGAAUAGCCAAUGAAAUGGUCCCGUAUGCAGCACUAUUGGCCGUUGAGCUCCAUACUAUAAAUGGAACAAAUGUUGUGGAGAUAUGGCUGUCACCAUCGCUUAACGACGAGUUGGUCCGUAUGGAUAUACCGCAAUGCCCGAAUCCGUGUAAGCUGGAAACACUCAAGGAAUUUCUCAAGGGACGACGUUUGACGCGAGACUCAUGGAUACAACAAUCAUCGAUAAUUCUUCUUCUGGCGAUCUUUGUCGUAUCAACCGUGGUCCUUGCUUGCACAACAUUCUCGUAUAGGAAACAAGUGAAGGAGCUUCAGGAUCCUGAACGGCGACGUCUCUUGGAAGAAUCUUGA